GCGAAGAAAGACUUGGACCCAGUGAUCAAAAAGCAGAAAACAGAGUGGAGCGCUGCACUGCGGAAACUCCCGGGCGAAGUGCUAGAGUACCUGUCAAAUUUUGUGGAGGGUCCAGAUGGUGCUGAACUUCCUCAUCCAUGCCAGAUGGUGGUAGAUGUUUUCCAGGAUGAGUCCACUGCUUCGUUGACUUUGGACAAGCUCUACACCUUCCUUGAGGAAUCCAACAAAGCACAGGGGAAGCGCUUUGCUGCUUCACCCAACCCUGACUUGAGCACACUGACACCUGGUCAGUAUUUGACUUGCUCGGUGCACAUCAAGGACAUCAAGAUUUGCCUUCCACCAGACGGUCUACCGUGCGUGAAUGACUGGAUUACCACCGUCCUUUCUUUCCUGUUCUCAGGAAGCCGGCUGCGUCGGGAACCUAUUGAUUUGUAUGUGCUGAAGCCAGAGGCUGCUGACGGACAGCCACGGCUUGGUAUCAAGAAGGGCUUUACGAGGUUGAGCUCAGCCCUGUUUUUGGCACAAGUCGUGUCAGACCUUGAUCCUGUGGCUGCAAAGAUCUUUGGCAUUCCAUCUUCAAUAUCAUCCUUCCAAGAUGCUGAAACCAUCUCCUUUGAUGCCAUGCAAUUGAGCACACAAGGCGCAGAGAGACAGCGAAAGGGCGUGAUGAAGAUGGCCAUGCGCUUUGAAGCUCUUCUUCAUGAGAAGAAAGCUGCUGGCGGUAUGAGCGACAAAUCAGACCGGGAUAUCAUCCAGGAAGUGAUUGGACGUUACAAUGACCACCGUGCGAACGCUGCCAUAAAAAGGUGGCAAUUGAAUGGUGAUACAACUAUGGGCGUCAUGUGCGUCGUAUGUGGCAUGACACCUGAAUCCAGAGAGAUUGUACGUUACAAUGAAUCCCUGCUGAGAUCAAAGCGACACCAAUUGGGAGAAACAUCAAGACAGGCUACUUCUGUGUUUUGGCAGAAUAUGCUGACAGUGAAUCCUAGUAUCCAAGCACUACAUUUUCGCAAAUACAAUCACUGGUGGCACACAAACUGUCGCAAGAUGAAGAAGUCGAUGCGCAGCCGGCUCCGGUGGACGGAGGAAACAUGGGGCAAGAACAUUGAGCAUUGCGCUGUGUUUGCAUGGGUGGUGGAUGAAGCAGAGCACUUGCGUGAUGCUGAGUACAAGAUGACGGUCGCCAACCUGAGCCACGACUUCCGUGAAGCUGUGGAUUUCAACCUUCGCAGAAACAAAGUUGAAUCCAAUCGCCAUAAGUUGAUGGAGCGCCGAGCCCUGGUUCUAUGCACCGACAAAUGCCAGCGUGACUCGCUUACUGCCGUCCUUCGGAGAAUGCAUCAAGAUUGUGGCUUCGAUGGAGUUGAGCCGGACAGGCUGAGUGUGCCUCAGGUGGACGAGGUAUCCAACUGGGCACUUCGAACGCUGCAGCUCAACCCGGAUUGCAGCAUGGUCUUGAUCAUAUGUCCCAUGCUGGCGGGCGAGGGUGUGCUGAAUGGACUACGAGGAGCAUUCAGGAGGAUUGAGGACAAGCUGGACAGCUUGAACUUAGAGAUGAAGCAAGUCUCAGUUCUCUUCGACGUGUCUUCCACUCACGGGAAUCGGAACUUUGGUAAGAUCAGCCGCUUGAAGAACUUCGACAACGUGUUUGCACCCGUGACCAAUGGAGAAGCUGGAGCACCAGCACCAAUGGUGACCUCGAAGACCAGUGCAGACUUGGACAACCAGAUCCCUCUGGUAUCCGAGACUUUCUGCGAACCUCCUCCGUCCCUAACUUCAGAGGAGUUUCAAUCAAAGCGCCCGACAUUGGUGGCCACAGUGACAUUGAGCAUGGGAAUCAAUGUCACUUGCAGCGUAGCAGAUGACAAGGUCUACAUCACGUCGGCUUCCAAGGCAAAGGAUUUCCUGACGAAGGAUGGCAAUGAGAACAAAGCCAUCGAAUUCCGCUUGGAUUCACAAGAUGACAUUGCACUUUGUCAGAACUGA